AUGUCGUUCUGUCGGAUCACCGGCAAAUGCCGGUCGCUCCCGAAGCCGAACUACUUCCCGAUGCUUCCGCCGAUCUCGCCCGCAGCCGCCAAGCGGUUCUGCCGCGUGACGGGCAAAGCGUACGGGUUGCCGUCGCAUCACUUCAUCCCGGUGCUGCUGGUUCGCGGGCAGGCACCGGGCCGGGAACGCUGUAAGAUCACGAACGUGGCGGGUGAACUGGAUCCUCACCACUACCAGCCGGGCACGUACGGGUGCCGGAAGCACGCGGUCCUGGGCACCUUCCGGUACGUGCUGCCCGUUCUGGAUGCCGGCGACGAAAGCCAGCGCACGCUGACGGGUGUGCUGGAGGCGAAAGCAGGGCGACCCGUCGAGCAGACCCUCUACGUGUACCGGGUGGACGAGCGUGGCUUCGGGCUGGUGUUUCCAGCCCGCCUCGAAGCGGCCGUCCGUGAUGGAGACGUCCGGGACGUGAUGCUGGCCAAAGAGUCCGACAAGCUGCUGAUCAAGCUACGCCAGGGUAACAGUGUGAGUGUGGCGUUGCGAGGCGUCGAUCAGGACGUGCUGGAGCAACUGUACGAGGGAGAAGGCCCCCGGGAGGAAGUGAUCAAGAAGCGCGCUAAGGAGGACGCUAAGCGACCGAAACCGAACCGGGGCAACCGGGGACAACUGGCCGGUAUCGCGAAUAUUUUCGAGCAGAAAGAAAAAGUGCAGGACGAUGCUGAGGAGCAGGAACAGCGAUUCAUCGAGGAGCACCGCGAGAAGGCGGUCCGGUUGGCGGCGGAACGGCGUGAGAGGCAGCGAGCGGAGAAGCUGAGGGCACUCCAGCUCGAUGCGCACCUGAUCGAGCAGCAACCGGAACUGGCGGAUCUGGUGAAACCACUGAUCGAGUCCUGGGACUGGAGCACACUCGAGCGGGAAGCAGCCACCGGAGGUGGUGUUCCGAACCGACUCAAGGAGCUUCCCCAGCUAAUCACCGUGACCCCGGUGGAGGUCCCCGCCCGUCAGCUCGACGUCGAUCCGGGACUACUGGAAAAGUGCGGUGGACUGGAGGCAGCCUCCUACGUCGGAGUGAUCACCCCGGUCCGGGUGGAAUUGCGACCGGAGAGGGCCAAAGCGAUCGGAGCCCUCGCACCCGACACACUGCAGGCCCUCUGUGGGGUCGAUGAGCGGCUGGCCGACGGAGGAGCCCAGGAACUGCUGGCUCACCUGGAUGACCUCGCGUCAGUCGUGACGCACCUUUCGCAAGGACAACCGGCCGAAGUGAACGGAGUGCCCGGAGUGCGCCUCGUGGUCAACCACCAGCCAGUCUUCGUGCCCGGCCAGAUGCUGCUCGUCACCGGGAAGCCCUGCUUCGUGCCGGGCCAGACACUCGGGCAGGAGUUUGUGCCGGGCGUUACGAUCACGGCACCCGACGGAACGAUCCAGUUCAUCCCCGGCGAGCUGAUGGCCGGAACGGGCAGAUCAGCCCAGGCGAGCUUCAUCGCCGGCAAGCAGAUCGACGGACGGUUCGUCCCUGGCCAGGUCCUGGGUGAUGAGCCACGGUUCGUAGAGGGCGCCACGAUCGUGACCCCCGAGGGGGUCAGCAAGUUUGUGGCGGGUGUGGUGGACGAUCGGAGCGGGCUGUUUGUCCCGGGUCAACCGAUCCACACCCCGGACGGUGGUCUGCAGUUCAUGCCGGGUCAGACGAUCACGGUGCAGGGUCGGGAACGGUUCAUCCCGGGGCAGAAUGUAGCGACGGCCAGCGGGGAGCUGAUGUUCAUCCCCGGCCAAACGGUAGGCGAUCGGUUCGUCCCUGGCCGCACCAUCACAACGGCGGAGGGUGCAAAGUUCGUUCCGGGACAGUACGUUGGGGAUGUGUUCGUGCCGGGUGUCGGUGACGGGACGCGGUUCGUGCCGGGGGUGAACGUGGACACGAAGGAGGGCUCCAAGUUCAUCGAGGGUCAGAUCGUGCACAGCCGGCACGGGGAUGUGUUCAUGCCGGGCACCACGACGAUCGACGGUGGCGAGGUCCGGUUCGAGCUGGCGGCCACGAUCGAGGCGAUCCGGUUCAGUGAGGCUUCCCCGGUGGGGCUAGUGGUGGACGGUGAGCGGCUUACGGUCGGAGAGCCAUCGAUCUGUGUAUUCGGCCACCUGGUGCAGAACGAGGCCAGCGGCGAAGUCGAGUUCUAUCCGGAACGCAUCGGACGGGAGCAUCUGCCGGCGGGGAAAGUGGUCCCGGGGAAGCUGGUUCGGCAUCGGCUCGACUCCAAGUUCAUCCCGGGCAUCCGGACGACGGACGGAGGCGAUGACUCCGGGUUCAUCCCGGGUCAGGUGGUGCUGACGGAUCGGGGCGAGCAGUUCGUCCCCGGGCAGGUGAUCGAGACGUCGGAAGGCAUGAAGUUCGUUCCGGGGCAGAUCAUCGAGACGCGGGCGGGACCGAAGUUUGUGCCGGGCCAGACGAUGGACGGUGGACCGGAUGGGCCGCGGUUUGUGCCGGGGCAGAUCAUCAACACACGGGCCGGGCCGACGUUUAUCCCGGGCCAGGUGAUCAGCACCGACGACGACGGGGAGAGGUUCGUGCCGGGUCAGAUCGUGGACACGGACGAGGGGCCCCGCUUCGUGCCGGGCCGGGUGCUCGAGACGGCGGACAAGGUCACGUUCAUUCCGGGCCGCAUCGUACAGACGGCCGACGGGCCGCGGUUCGUGGCGCCCGACCUCAAGGAUACCGCCGACGGGGACGAAGAGUUCCUGGUGCAGAGUUUCACCGUGACGCCGGAGGAACUGAAGCUCCUGAAACCGACCGAUGGGGGGGCCCUGACGGGUGACGGUCCCCGCUCGCUUGUCGUCAGUCUGGACAGUGCGAUCCUGCAGAGUCUGGCCGAGUCCGGGAUGCCGAUCGGCCGACAGGUCGAAGCAUCCGCCGUUGAUUACGUCCUCGAAAGCACCAAGGAGCGCCAGGCACUGCAACGUCUGCUGGCCGAAGGAGGCAUGCCCGGGGCCAGCCUGGACACGCUCGAGACCAUCUUCGAUGGGUUGAAAGCCGUCUGCCGGAAGGUGGACCCGGGGGCGCUGCAGUACGGCGAGACGAUCGCCACGGACGAACGAGUCUGUAACGGUUCGAUCGGAGUGGUCGAAGCACUGGCCGCAAACCUGGCUGCGGUCCUGGGCGGAUCGGAUGGGCAGGGCCGUAGCAUACACGAACUGAUCGCCGAAGCGAUCCUGACGGGCGGCGAGUACACGGUGGACGAGCUGCGGCACGUCGUGGAAUCACCGGAAGCCGUCGAGUACCUGUUCGGGGCCGUGAACCGGACGAUCGUGAAGAACAACAUCGACCAGAAGCUGCGGACACUGGCGGCGCUCAUGGAGGAACCGGAACCGGACGAGCAAGCCCAGGCUCAAGUUCCCCCACCACUAACGGACGCGAUCGAGGAGUUCUGCCAGCUGCUAGACAACGGUGCCAUGGCCGAAGCGUUCGUCAAUCUGCUCAAAAAGGACGAACACCUCUUCAAGUCGAUCGUCACCAGCCUCAAGAGUAGCGGCGUCGUCGAGGGAAGCGUCAACAUCUCGGAGAUCCUGCAGACGGCCCUGGUGGACAGCAUCCAGGAGCGGGCGCAGGUUGCCCUCGCGGAGUUGGUCGAAGACGCGGGGCAAUCGCACGACGGGCGAACUCUCCGUGUGCUGCUUCAGAAGUGCGAAGGAUUGUCCCACGCCUUGGGCCACUCGAAGGAAGCGGAAACGUUCCGGUAUCUGAUGACGCGGCCGGGUGCACUGCGUGACCUGCAGCGAGACGACGAGCUGUUCGCGAUCGUGAACCGGGUGCUGAUCAUGGAGCAGCUGGCCGAGGAUGACGACGAGUACCGGGAGCUGAUGGAAGGCCUGGGCCGGACACCGACCCAAGCGACCAAGAGCGAUCGGUUUCGGGAGCUGAUCCGCCAGAGCGGUGCCCUCUCGUACGCACCGCGACGGAUCGCUGCCCUCGAGACUUCGAAGGACGUGCCGUUGUCGCUGUUCUACGCCAACAAUCAGCUCGCGAUCGAGGAGUUCUUCCUGCGCAGUGGCCAAGGACGCAGCCGAGGGCACUGCUCGAAGGCGUUCCUUAUCAUCAAGCGUGGCUUCCAGGCGGUGAUCCCGCGCGAAUCGAGCCACGAGGUGCUGGCGGGUACGAUCGCCUACACCGUGCUGGAUGAGGACGGCAUCCGGCACUUCCAGCCACUGAAUGUCCUGUCGGCGCUCCGCAUUACACCCCAGUUCCUGGCCCGCUUCUCCAUGUACAGCUGCGAGGUGCGCGAGGACGAUCUCGCCGAUCCGGACACGAUCAGCAGCACGCACAGCAGCAGCAGCACCAGCCACGACGCACUGGACGGGCUGCCGGACGAAACGGCUUACUUCCACUACCGGCCAUCGGCCGCCUCGCGCCGAAGCUCCUUGCGUACCCCAGUUCCGCAGUAUAGUGGGCGCCCGAAGCUCCAACGCCACGACUCGCUCAGCCCUCAGGUACGCCGGAAGUCGGUGCUCCAGAACGGCUACCACGCGCCACUGCACCACCAUGUGGUGCCCCGUACGUCCCUCGUACUGCCAAAUUCGCUACCCAUUCACCGCUACCAACCGAAGGCGUAUCCGCAUGCGCCGGCAGACAACGUUAAGACACUACCGAUGGCAAUGAGGAUAGCGAUCAAGGCCUCGAUCGCAGGUCGCGAACCAUCGGCCUGCCUUCGUUCCAGCAGCCGAGACUCCAUCUACCGGACGUCGUCCCGGGGCAGUGUGCACGAUUGGAAGUGAUCGACCGGCCAGCCAGCCGUUAGCCGUUAGCGUUAGUUAGCGUAAGACUACUUUAGGCGAUUUU